AUGCAGGAUGCGACACCAGGUGAAAUUAUCAAUGCAAAAGUGACCGAUGUCCACCCGCGUGGCCUUCAGGUGUCUAUCUGUGAUAAUGUAAAAGGUUUCAUUCCUGUUGACCUAGCCUCUGAUCGAGUUGUCGCCUUAGAGAAAACCUUUACCGUAGGAUCUUUUUUGAAAUGUAAAGUAUGGUUUGUGAACGACGAGAAGAAGCAAAUUUGGUUAACUGCACGUCAUUCGCUUGUAAAUUACAAGGGAGUCGCAAUAACAUCUUAUGAUCCUAAGUACGAAGGCGUCAUCAGUGUGGGUGUUGUUGUGAAAAUACUUUCUACGGGUGGAGCACUUAUACAGUUUUUUGCAACCGUGCGCGGCCUUCUUAGAGCUGGUGAAGCGAAGAGAUUGGGAAGUGAGCUAAAGCUGGGACAAGUCGUUGAAGUACAAGUUAUGGAAGUCGAUCCCACAGAAAGGAGAAUGAGUCUCGGCUUAGUCGAGGAAUGUUCGCAAAGUACUGCCGGGCACGUAUUGCACCCAAAGAAUGUGGAUUUUGGAAUGGAUGACAAUACAGUUUUUGCUGCUAUUGUAGAUGAAGUAAGCGAAUCAUCAGUUCCAGGACAUAAAUCUGAAAGAGUCAUGGUGCAUCUCGAGAGCGAUCCGUCGAUUAAAGGAUGCCUUCAACCCAAUUUCAUCUCUGAUUCACUCAAUUCACCGCUUGAAUCAGGCAAAGGAGUCUUUCGAAGAGGAAUGAAACUAAAUUCCAUUGCUGCUUUAGGAAAUCUUGGUGGAAUGAACAGGUUCACAUCAAAACGCUUUGUCUGUGCAUGGCUACAAAAUUCUCGAAACAACGUCCCGAAGUCAUUUGAUGAUCUUAAGCAAGGCCAGGUUCGUUUCUAGAA